AGAAGGGACUUUUCGGGAUGGCAAUGAGGGCAAAUUGACUUGGUAUUGUUUAUUUUUAUAAUCAGUCAUUAGUGAGUUCCGUUGUCUUUUUAUUUGAUUCGCAUGUUGUUUUAAACUAGUCGUUUCAAUGAAAGAUAUAGUUCCUUGGCCAUUCCCGAAGUCGCUGGAUGGAUUUUUAUGGCGGCUGUCGAGUCGUUUCAUCAUCGCGACUGUGGGCUUUAUUGGAAAAUUUAUACUCAGUAACAGCACCCCAUAUGUGAUGAACUCCACGAGAGUGGUCAAUAGACAUGUAUUAGUUGACGUGUUGGACAGCAGACCUUGCCAUGUUCCUGUGAUCACUGUAGCAAAUCAUACAUCAUGUUUUGAUGACCCUGGACUUUGGAGUAUUCUCCCUAUCAGACAUGUGUUUAACAUUGAUGUAAUUCGGUGGUCUCUCACCGCUCAUAAUAUCUGCUUUACUAACAACAUGCACUCUCAGUUUUUCGCAAGAGGGAAAUGUGUCCCUGUUGUCAGAGGUGGUGGUGUUUAUCAACGUGCCAUGGAUUAUUGCAUUCAAAAAUUGAAUGAGGGGCAGUGGGUUCAUGUCUUCCCUGAGGGAAGAGUAAACAUGGAUAAUAGCUUCAUUCGUUUCAAAUGGGGCGUAGGCAGGCUCAUUGCCGAGUCUAAAGUUAUGCCCAUAGUAAUUCCAUUCUGGCAUUGCGGAAUGGAUCAAGUUUUACCUAACGAAUAUCCCUAUCGUUUUCAAUGGGGCAAACAGGUGUUGGUCAAUUUUGGCCAACCCAUCGAUUUGAAAGCAGUUAUGCAGCAUGCCAAAGAUGUAGAUGCUGAUGAUGUGUUGACUCGCAAGAUGAUCACCGACAAGAUUCAGGAAGAAAUGAUGAUUCUCAAGGACCAAACUGAGCGAAUGUAUUCGAAACUUAAAAAGACAAGCUGAGUUUAGUAUGAAAAGUGUACAAUAUACAAAUACAGAGCUUAAGCACUGAAUGGUUAAUAGUACAACAAAGAAAUGAUUGCUGUCUAUACUACACAGUCACAAGUCAAAUACAUUUGUAUUUGUUAUUAAA